UGCUGUCCCCAUCGCUGCAGCACUUCGUGAAAUGCGCCGCAGGGCCCCGGUCCGAUAGAGGUAGAGCCGCUCCUGGGCGGGGCCUCGGCGCGGGCUGCCCCACUCCCCACUCUGUCCUCUGUUGUCCUUCGUCUCUCCCGGGCGGGAGAAGGCUCUGUGAGUUCGGCCACCUGAGAGAGCGAUUCUCGCUGGAUUCUGGGCUGGACAUCAUCUGCAGGGUAGACCCUCCUCUCCCUCAAUGUCACUUUGCCGCCUUAAAGGCCAUGCCUCUCCUCCUCCUCUCCGUGCUGAUCCUAGUCACUCAGCCUCUGAGGUCCCUGGGAACAGAAAUGAAGACCUAUACCGAGAAAACAGUGCCCGAUGCCUGCACCCUGGUCCUAUGUAGCCCUGUGGAGAAUGGCCUGCCUGGUCGUGAUGGACGAGAUGGGAAAGAGGGUCCCCGGGGCGAGAAGGGGGAUCCAGGGCCUGCCGGAGCCAUGGGCCCAAAGGGACCUCCAGGUGCCAGGGGUCCCCCAGGACUGAAGGGGGACAGAGGUGCUCCUGGGGACAGAGGAGAAAAAGGAGAGAGUGGGCUUCCAGAUGCCACUGCUCUGAGGCGGCAGGUGGAGGCCUUACAGGGACAGGUACAACGCCUUCAGGGUGCCUUCAAUCGGUACAGGAAAGUGGAUCUGUUUCCUGAUGGACGAGGUGUUGGAGAGAAGAUCUUCAAGACAGGAGGCUUUCAAAAAUCGUUUCAGGAGGCACAGCAAGUAUGCAGACAGGCCGGCGGGGAGUUGGCCUCCCCACGCUCUGCAGCUGAGAAUGAGGCCUUGCAACAGCUGGUCACAGCUCAGAACAAGGGGGCUGCGUUCCUGAGCAUGACUGACUCCCGGACAGAGGGCAAGUUUACCUACCCCACAGGGGAGACCCUGGUGUAUUCCAACUGGGCCCCAGGGGAGCCAAACAAUGAUGGUGGAGAAGAGGACUGUGUGGAAAUCUUCAACAAUGGGAAGUGGAAUGAUAAGUCCUGUGGAGACAAACUCCUUGUGAUCUGCGAGUUCUGAGCCACCAAGGGUGGGUGGGGCACUCAAGCCCAGGAGCCUGGCCAGUGAGUCAGGGCCCAGACCUGUGUGCUGCUGACGUCCCAGCGAUAAGCUGACACCUCUGCUGGCCACGGCUUCUCCUCUAAGCCGUGGGAUGAGGCCAGAGGUAGGGCUCCCUGGAUCGCCUCUCUCAGAAUAAAAUACGAAUCUGGCAUCACA